AUGCCCGCGCCGGCCGUCGUGCAGCUAUCGCAGGCCAACACGGUGGAGCGAGACGAGCUGGGAAAGGAGUUCGACACUGUACCGACGCCUGACGUCCUCUGGCUACGAUACAAGAGUACGGAUGCUGGCCGGGAAGCUACAACGAUUCAUCGACGUCGCGGCGCAGGGCGAGCGGCUGAGGCAUUGGUCAGCGGUCGGGUCUUCGCCGCUGUGGCCCUGUAUGCGAUGCCACCGUGGCCAAAGCCACUUGCAACCCGGACGAAAACAGUUGCCAAAACAGCCAAAGAGGAAGUUACUGUCCCAAACCUGAUACUUACGGAUUUGGACUUCUUUCUAUUUAUUAUGAUCCCUAAGCCAACUCCCCGUCAGGGUCGGUUCGACCGCAAAAGCCCAACGAAAGCAUUCAAACAGAGUACCCGCCACCAUUGCCGUUCCCCUGAUCCUAUGGCGACCACGCCGCCGAAGCAGAACCCUAAUUCAGGCGACCCGAGCGAGGCCGUUAACUCUGCUGCUGCCUCAGCUCCGGCGGCGCCCGUUCGCAUAUGGAGCUCCCUCUUCGCCGGCCCGCCUCCGAGCAAGGAUACCAGACUCCUCGCCGCCGUUUCCGACCACCAUCGACGCCUCUUCCGGGGCCGCCGAAGCCGACGCCCAACUCUCCCACUACCCAUCUACCGUCCCCCGAUUCAGGAUACCGAUGAGAUGGCGAUAGCUCGUGCCAUCUUAGAAGAUAUUGUGUACCACACUCUGUCUAGUUUGCAUACUAUUCAGCAAACCUUACUCUAUUGGAAGUCGAGAGCUGAGCAAACAAGAUUACAGAGGAUGUAUUUUAUGGCAUGUCAAAGAGGUCCAAGAGCCUUUGUUGAAGCAGCAUGCGGAAUGCUGUCUAGACUCAGGAGCAAUUGGAGUCCUUUCCCGUACCUUUUAAACUCUGCGAAUUGUAUGCUGACUACAAAACGUGCUCGCCUGAAAAGCAUGAAACACUGCUUGGCAGCUUUUCUUGCUGAGGUUUAUUCAGAAGUUAGUAAACACAUGGAAGGGCCACCUGAAAGUUCCGAUAAAUCGCUGCAUACUCUAUUCAUUGUUUUGAACAGGGUCUUCCCCAAACUGGAGGCAUCACUUAGAAAUGCUAGUGAGGGGGGAGCCGCAUUAUUUGCACAUGACGGAAACUCAUCUGAACUUCUCUUCAAAAGAUUGCCUGAAGUUGAUGUUGAGAGUUCACAGUGGACAGAGGCAUUAUCAACAGAUGCUAUAGGUUUGAUCUACCAAAAUCUCCAGAAACUAGAUAGUUUUAUUUCCUCUCAGUUUUCAAGCCUAAAAAAGCCAAACAAUUUGACCGUAUACUGGAUACCCUACACAUGUGGAGCAAUUGGCCUCUCUGCAUGUUCUCUAUGGCUUUUACGCCAUAGCAAUUUAAUGGGAAGUUCUGAUAUGGACAACUGGACUCAGUGUGGCAAGGAGUUGGUCGCUAGAUUUCGGGAUAAGCAUUUUGAGAAACCAAGCAUUCCCCGUAAAGAGCUUUUCGAGACAUUUGAAGGAACAGAUGAACUUGCAAUGGAGCAAGAGAUCCAACAAACUGACAGAUCAUUGCGCAGGAUGUUGUUUGCCUUUUGUGAAAAAAAUUCACUUGAAAAGAUGCCCCAAGAUGUAUCAACACAAGCUCUGGUGGGGACUGCCACGAAGAGAUAUGUGGAGGAAUCGAUUCAUCCAAUUCAAAAUGAGUUCAGUGAAGGAUUAGCAAAUGUCAUGCUUCUGAAGAUCCACGAGAUGAACCUUGAACUCCUUCUUCAAAGGUCAAGACUCUUACAUAAGCAGCUUGUGAAGGCAACUGGGAGAUAUGUUGCUACUCUUGCAGCUCUACCAGCAUAUGGUCUCUCUCUUCUGCUACUCCGUUUCGGGCGAGCAUUAUUGGCUAUGCAUGACCGAAGAGGCAGGAUUGCACGGCAUGAGCGGAAACUACUUCUCAUUGGAAUAGACCAAAUGCUUAUGAAGUCUCGGAAAUGCAUGUUCAAUGGAAUGGAGAAAGAGGCAAGCUGUAAUUUCGGGUUGAUACUGUACAAUCUGGACAGUUUAUACAAAGGUGUUGAGUCGGAUGCCAGACGAACAGGGGAAUGGUUAAGGCGAGACAUGUAUGCCUGCAUAUUCCAGUCCCCGUGCCCAGGAUCCACCAACUACAGCUACUCAGAUCAGAGAGCGACGAUACUCAAACUUGAAGCAAAUCUCAGCCAUCCAAUCUGA